UGGGAGAAGAUCCUACGCCGGGUUAGAACAGACGUUGGCGCCAAGUAGAAAGUUUAGUCGUGACGCGAACGACAAGCGCGAUACAUCUCGGGGACUAAACGGGUCGGUAAGGACUUUGAGGUGAUACUGUUAUCAUGAUAAAGGGGUGUUUACUCGCGAUUUGUUGUUGGUGUUUUGUUGAUCGAGUGCGAGGACAAUUGACUGGUGAGUGCGUAGACAAUACCGAAUGCUUAAACAUCCAUCCUAAUUUCAGGGAGCCCAUUACGAAUGUCACAGCCUCGGUGGGAAGGGAAGCUAUUCUGUCAUGCAUCGUUCAAGAGCUUGGAGCUUACAAGGUCGCCUGGCUACGCGUUGACACACAGACCAUCCUUACCAUAGCGAAUCACGUGAUAACGAAGAACCACAGGAUUGGGGUUACACACAGUGACCAUCGUACAUGGUUCCUUCACAUUCGUGAGGUCAAGGAAACGGACAGGGGAUGGUACAUGUGUCAGAUUAAUACUGAUCCCAUGAAGAGUCAGAAUGGAUAUCUUGACGUUGUGGUUCCACCGGAUAUAAUCGACGAUGAAACCAGCGCCGACAUGAUCAUACGUGAGGGCAGUAAUGUCACACUGAAGUGUUCAGCAACUGGGUCACCACGUCCCAAUAUCACCUGGCGAAAGGAGAACAGCGAUGGAAUACUUAUCGGAGUCGAUCAAAAAGUAACGAGUGUUGAGGGCCAGAAUUUCAACAUCAGCAAGGUGAAUCGUCUGCACAUGGGGUCGUAUUUGUGUAUUGCAUCCAACGGAGUACCUCCUACUGUCAGCAAGAGGAUUGCUCUCAUCGUACAUUUUCCACCAAUGAUAACAGUUCAAGAUCAGCUAGUGAGUGCUCGGAUAGGUCAAUCGAAGGUCCUCACCUGUACCUCCGAAGCCUUUCCGAAAUCAAUCAAUUAUUGGACAAAGGACAAGACUGAGAUAAUAGCACAAGAUGGCAGAUACGAGCCAGUUUUCCUAGAGGAUGGCUACGUUGUUCACAUGAAUUUGACAAUUCGUUCGGUGACCAAAUCAGAUUUUGGCGCUUACAAAUGUGUAUCGAGAAAUUCACUGGGUGAUACUGAUGGCACAAUCUCAUUAUACGAGAAUGACAAUACAGCGUACGAGACCAGUGAUAAUCCCAAAAAUAAAGGUAAACUGAAGAAAAACUCCAACAACUUACUGGAGGGUAAUCAGAAUGGGCUAAAAGAGCAAGACUUGAAACUACGAGGUAGAAAGGAUAACAGCAAUGACGAGGAAGAUUACGAAGAUUCUGGUACGUCAGCGGCAAAGUGCAGUGCGAGUCUGGCAAUCGUAGCAGUUGCAUUGGUACUUUGCUUUCAUCACCAUCUUCAGCUCCAGGCCCUUCAUCCCGCCUGAGUGGAUGAGCCCCCCUUCAUUCCCCUCGUCCCUUCAGACCCACCGACAAACCGUAUCUUCAUCUUGAAUGAUCUUUAGGAAACACGAGUUAAAGGGUUAAAUUGAAACUUUUCCAGAUGAUAUCUAUGAAUUCAAAAUCCACUCUGUUUUCACUGCCAAGGGAAUCUAUUGUCAUCUCCAGUCAGAGGCGAGGGAUAAUGAAAAAGAUUUUUUCAAAUAAAUUGUCAAAUUUCUUCAUCGUUGAGUAAAAAAAUGGAUAUUCAGGAGAUAGAAGUUCAAAAAAAACUGUUCAUUUCGUCAUCAUCAUUUUCCAGAGAAAUAAUAGUAUGAUUAUACAUUUUUUGAAAGGAUAAAAUGGUUAACUUUUCGAUUUGAAUAAUAAACAAAGACUGACUGGGGGUCGAGUGGAAAUUACAAUUUUUGUGUAAUAAAUACAGUUUUAUGAAAGCUUUAAGAUGUGCUACGAUACUCGAAAUGUGUAAAUAAGAAAUAUAUUAAAUUCAGUGCGCGCAAAAAUGUGAAAUUCUAUAUAAAAUCGAGGAAAUAACCAGGGGGAAUCGAAGGCGAGGGGUAUGUGUACGAAUUUUCGCCAAUGAUUGGAUUUUUUUUAAGUUGCCUUUUUGGUGAGGAAUUAUGUCUGCUCACUUAAAUAUCUCUUUGGCAUGAGGUAUAAAAUAAAUCAAUCAUUGUUGAAACAAGUGCAAUAUCCCUCGGAAUAAUUAAUUAAUGUACAGUAGAAAUACAUAAAAACACGAAAAUAAUUUAUGUGUCGUCUGCGUGAGUGAAUCAAUGUUCUAAAAUACCUCUUUUAAACCUAUAAAUUAUAUGAAUUCAUGUACUCUUAUUAUUUAAUAGAUUUAUGUUAAUUCCACCGUUAGAAUCCCCGAUGUCUGGCGAAUGAAUUCACCAUGGAGUACCACUGUUGAGAAAUCGAGAAAUAAAGUGAUCGUUCAUGCGUGAAUUAUCGAAAUUUGGGGCGAGGGGUGAGCUAUGAGGUUCAAGGGGCUGGUCAGAUUAAGAGAAUUCACUGAUAGAAGUGUCUAAGGGGCCAUUCACGUACCACUGCAUCUGCCCUGAUACGAUAAAAGAUGGGAGAUAUAAAAAUUGAAUUGUAUUCACUCCCUGACGAAUUGGGGGACAAUUAUUCUCAAUGGUUAAUGUAUUUAUUUUUCAUCCCCUACGCCCCACCCCCUUUGUGUCGAGUCAUUUUGGUGUGAUGAGUGGAUGAAUGAAAAGAACUUGAAAUACGCUUUGUAAAAAUAUAGACUCGUCUAUACAUUCCUUGCUAACAACAAUUAUUUUUAACAGUUUUUUUUUCACGAGUGAUUUUCUCAGUCUGUAAUUGACAAAUUGAAUUAUUCGGAAUGAGUUUCACUUAUUUUUUAAUUGAAUUUCCGUCGAGUUUUUAAUUUAAGACCAGCUGCUUAUGAAUAAAUCUCCAAGUGGAAAAGAUAUUGGCGGAAAAAUAUGUCACGAAUUUGCAAUUUAUAACGGAUUAUAAUUGCAGUAUCUAGUUGACAAAUGAGCCCUUAAAUGUGUUAUUGGUUGUAGAGAACAUUUAUUGUGCUACUACGCUUAAUUUUUCAGGAUAGGGUCAGUAAUGAGUAAGAAAAACUAUUGAUUUUUGAUGUGCAGUAGAGACCAAGGCUUCUGCCCUGCAAUUAUUCAUUUAGAAAACUCGAAAAAUCAAAUUACAAUUGAAAUUUCCAAUCGAGCUCGUUCGGCAAUGUCGGUUGCAGGAAUUUCAAAGACCUUAUGACCACAAUUUUGCUUAUGUACGAAAAGAUUAUUGAUAAUUAUGAUUAUACAUUCAUACGAAUACACUAUUAUAUUUGUACAACAACUAAGCGCUAAGAUGUAAAUAAAAAUAUGUAUAUUGGAA